UUCUUCUGAUCCCAUUUCCCAUUUCGGGAGUCCAAAAUUCUGUCUGUUCUUACCUCUCAGGAUCAGGGGUGAGAAAUCAGAAUCAUAUUCCAUCUGUCAACUGUGUGCGUUCGUUCUAAUUUGAGUUGUGUUCUUUUAGGUUUAUCUGUGUCUGGGUGGGGGAUAUUAAUUGGAUUGGAACGAUGUCUCUUCGAAAGGGAAAGGGAAAGGGAAAGGGAAAGGGAAAGGGACCUUUGAGUUUGAAGGCGGAGGAAGUGAAGGAGGAAGCAGAAGGAAUGUGGGCGGGCAUGGUAGCAGAGCUUCUUGGAGAGAUAAUAAAGCGGGUGGAGAGGAGCGAGGAACAGUGGCCGAACCGCCAAAACGUGGUGGCAUGCGGUUGCGUCUGUAAGCGUUGGAGAGAAAUCACCAGACAAGUUGUUCGCUCCCCUUCCCCUUCCCACAUCUCUGCCGUUCCCAAAAUCACUUUCCCUUCUUGCCUCAAACAGCCAGGACCCCGCCACAUUCCUCAUCAAUGUCUUAUUAAACGUAACAAGAAGACCUCAACCUUUUACCUUUAUCUUGCCCUCACUCCCUCAUUUACAGAUAAGGGAAAGUUUCUCUUGGCAGCACGGAGGUAUAGGCAUGGUGCUCACACUGGGUUUAUUGUAUCACUUGAUGCCGAUGACCUAUCUCAAGGAAGUAACGCUUAUGUUGGAAAAUUAAGCUCGGACUUUCUCGGGACAAAUUUUACAAUCUAUGACAGCCAGCCACCACACAGUGGUGCAAAACCCUCAAGUAGCAGAAGCAGCCGCCGUUUUGCAAGUAAGCAAAUUAGCCCUCAAGUUCCUGCUGGCAACUUUGAGGUUGGGCAGGUCUCUUACAAGUUCAACCUUCUGAAAUCUAGAGGUCCAAGGAGGAUGGUUUGCUCAUUCAAGUGCCCGUUGCCUGGAGAAGCUUCCAACAGCAAGUCUCUGGACAACAUCAAUGUGAAGAAACCAGAGUAUUCUUUGUCUGAAUAUACAGUUUUGAGGAAUAAAGCUCCUAGGUGGCAUGAGCAUUUGCAGUGCUGGUGCUUGAAUUUCCAUGGUCGGGUGACAGUAGCAUCAGUGAAGAAUUUUCAACUGGUUGCAAUAGCGGAUCAAAGUCAGCCAGGAGGAAAAGGAGAUGAGGAAACAGUUCUCCUUCAGUUUGGGAAGGUAGGGGAUGAUACCUUCACCAUGGAUUAUAGGCAGCCCUUGUCAGCUUUCCAGGCAUUUGCAAUUUGCCUCACCAGCUUUGGAACAAAACUGGCAUGUGAGUAAUAUUAUAUUCUGCUCUUAUUCUGUAUAUGCAAGAAAGUGGUGUCCUGGUCCUGGAUAUUUGUGGCGAUGGUUAUUAUGUACAUGUUGCUAUUGUAUGAGUAUGACAUGGCUUUUGUGUAAUAUAUAUAUUGGUAGUAGACAAUCUUAGUGCCAGCAAGCAUUGGUUUUUUAUUUAUAUAUUUAUUUUUAAUAAUUUACAUUGUUUUGCA